GCAGCAGCUCUGGUCGUCGACAGAAUGACUGUCUGUCAGCUUCGGGGUCUCCUCCGCAGCCAGAGAUUGUCGCUGGCAUGUCUUCGCGAUAUGCAUUUUCUCGGUAGAUUCCGCUGGCGUCACGCGGACUCAGGGUUGAGUACAACUUUCGCGGCUAGUAAGCUAGUGAAAACGCCAUGGCUGCAAAUGUGUCCAGAUCGUCAAAUUUAUUGGGUCUGAGUAAGACUGCACAACCUACUUUUUCCGCCAUUGAAAGCGAGAUGUUACGCUCAGCGAAUAAUGGGAUAACGACCUCUGUAAUCAUCAGUUCAGUGGUAACCACCACGACAGCAUCGCGACGUUCCGCUGGUAACCGCAUAUCGAAGCAUGUGUCGCAGAGAGUGGUCGUUUCAGGGUUUCGCUGUCAGGGUUCAGGAAGACUCUUCCUGAACGCAGAGGGGCCCUUUCUGAGCACAGGAAGCCCGGCCGGGUUGAUCGGCGGGGCCACUGGCACUGUUCGGAUCAGAUCCGCGUGGCCGUCGAAUGCCACUGGCAGUGCCGGAUCCGAACUUUCUCGAGCGUUGUCUGCCGACGGCGGAGUGGCUUUCGUUUCAAGCACAUGUGAGCGAAAACGGCUUUCGGCGCGAUCAGCAGCAGCAUGCAGUCUCGAUGGUUUGAGACAUAGGAUCGCUUACCGGAGGCUAAGACGAGCUCCGGUUGCUGCCAGCAGCGCGAUCGGGAGAGAGGCGGGUCUAGUCGACGAAGCAGCGAGGGAAGUUGACAGGGACGCUGUUUUUGAGGCGCCUCGAAAGGAGAGGAGAGUUGAUGGGGAAGAAGAAGGCGGGGGGUUGGCGGGAGCACGAGAAGGGGAGCCAAGCGAAGGGGAGUCUCUGAAUCGUGGGGAUCGACGAGAGGUGACUUUUGCGUCGACUCAAAAGUCGCCUCGAGAAAAGGGGAGAGGUGACGAGGGAGAAGAAGGCGGGGAAUCGGCGGAAGCACGAGAAGGGAAGCCAGCUGAAGGGGAGUCUCGGAAUCUUGAGGAUCGACGAGAGGGACCUGGCGGGGAUUUGCCGGCAGUGGCGACAUUCGCCAAGGGAGUUCGCGAGUUUGUUACCAGCAACUUUCUUCUCGUUGCCAUCAGCACGGGAAUCGCACUGGCUGUGCUGUUUCCCGCUCCUGGCAUCUACGCCCAGUCCAAGAUAGGGCUCGCUCGCUACUGCACGUUCGGCAUCUUCUUGGUCUCAGGCAUCGCGUUGGACCUAGAGCAGCUUCGCCAAGUGCCCAGCUCGUGGCCUGCCUUCCUCUAUGGCUCGCUGUCCACGCUCGUCAUCACUCCCCUCAUGGCUCUCCUCGUGCUGCGCCUGCCCCUGCUGCCACGGGAAUUGCCCACAGGCCUCGCUCUCUUCUGCUGCAUGCCCGCAUCCAUCACAGCAGGCAUAUCUCUCGCAAGGGCAGCAGGGGCCAAUGCAGCGCUGGCUCUCGGCUUAACUGUCGUCACCAACACUGUUGGGAUACUCACUAUGCCUCUGCUACUCUCCCGGCUCGUCCCAGCCAGUGGGGGCGUGUCACUACCAGCGGGGCCUUUGUUACGGGCACUGGUUACCACUCUACUCGUUCCACUGUUCAUCGGCAUGGCGGUCAGGAAGGCAAUGCCAGCUCUUGCCACGUGGGCUGAUCAUCACAAGCAGCAGCUCUCGAUGGCAAACAACGCCAUGCUCGCAUUUGUACCGUGGAUGCAGGUCAGCUCUUCCCGGGCAGCAAUUCUUGGCCUCAACAUGACUCAACUGCUGCCCAUCGCCGCCACUGGCAUAGCCGUCCAUCUGUCCUUCCUGACACUCAACGUCGGUGCGAUGGCAGCUUUAAGAAGAAUCACGCCCCCUCUGCUCCCUCAAGAGGCCAAUGCUGUGGAUAGAGCCGUCAUCAUCCUCUCCAGCCAGAAAACACUUCCGGUGGCAGCAGCAGUGGUUGGGAAGAUUGGAACACUUUUGGGCGAACCUGGAUUGGUGCUGCUACCGUGCAUCCUCACACACUUUAUCCAAAUAUUUUCUGACUCCCUCCUGGUCAACAAAUGGCUGAGUGACGAUAGGGAACGUGACAUCAGUGAUUGCAAGACUACCUGAAGACAGAUAGUUUCGUGCUAUUUAUAGGGCAUGAUCAGCACUGCUCUCGCCCCUUAUGCAUCCUUAUACCUACAGUAGUAGUAAUCAU